GAAUCAGAAAAAUCUGAUAAGGGAAACUUAAUAAAAGAAGUUAAUGUAUAUGGAGUAAUAACUUCUAAAUUUGAAAUAGAUAUAUACGUUAUGAGCAUACCAGCUCCUGAAUUAUAUCUUUUUUAUCGAAUUUAUAGUUUUGAACUCCCUGAAAGAUUUAA